CAAUUUCAUACUGAAUGGCACACUUUGGUAUAAAAAUAAAAAUAACAAAGGGUUAAAAAGAGUAUAUAAUAUAUCUUUUAAGGAUUAAAAAAUAAAAAUCUUAUUCAGUAUAUGUAUUAUUACGACGAAAUGUGAAUAGAAAAAAAAAAGUUUACACUGGCAGUAGAACCCGAGCGCCCAUGCUCUCUCUUGUGGUGAGCUUCAGGUUUGGGGAUUAGAUUCUCGGAAAUUGGCUUCUGCAUUCACUCUGAAAAUGGAUAUGUCAAAUCCUGCGGCCUUUGUCAAUGCAGAACUACUGCACUUUUAUGUUGGAAGGAGGGUAAGGACCCUGAUGCAGGUUGUGCGAUCUGAUGGUGGAGUUGUCAUUGGAAAAUCAACAGAUGAGAAACAGCUAGUAGUAAAAGGACUUCCCCCUGCUCCUCUUACAACUUUUGUAGAAGUUUUUGGUAUUGUUAACAGUGAUAAGUCCAUUGCUGCUGAGAUAUGGACCAAUUUUGGUGAUUCCAUUGAUAUGAUCAGCUACAAUAAGCUUUGUCAGCUUGCAAAUGGAGAACUUAAAUACCUGUUCCUGUGAGCUAUAACAAGCUUAUCUGAUUAUAUGAAGGUCUCUCUAUCAUGUGGAACACUAGGAGACAUAACCAUUGUAUUGGUCAGAAUGUUUUUCAUUUUUUCUUUCUGAUAUCUAAAGUUGACAAUGAGGAUUCGUCUCAUGCCAAAACUACCCACUCUUCAGAACUAGCUCAAUGCCAGUGGCUUCACUUGUAGCAAUUUAAACAUUUAUUAAUUCUCUUGGUAAAUAGUUUUACUGAGUAUAAUUAAAAUCUUAUAAUCUUUAUCGGCUGA